UGAAGGAGCCUCAGUAGAGACUUAUAUGGAGCAGUCACACUGACCAAGAGAAAUUAUUUCUUUAUCCUUUGGAAUCGAUUUAAAUUCACCGAUUGUGAUCAACUCAGAAUCAAUGAACAGAACCUGAAAGUGUCACUCCUGCUUGUAGCUAUUAGUGGAUUUACGGUAAGAGCCGUUGUUUAUCAAACAGACAACGUCAUGACGUCGCACAGGCGUUAACUGACGUCCUACACAUCAGUCUCACUGGUGUUUAUUGUUUGAGGCUGCAGUCAACAGCAGGUAGGAUGUUGCGGCUACGCUGUAAGACCAAAAAUGGGAGCCACAUAAUGCAGGGCUUGACUCAUCAGUCCUGUGUGCAAGAGCUGAAGAAAAAGGUGGAGGAGCUGACUGGUAUCCCCUGUGAUGUGCAGAAGUUUAUGGUUGGCUAUCCACCCUCCAGCCUUGAUCUUCGAAAUGGAGAUGCUCACUUAAAGGACUACCCAAUCAAAUCAGGGGACACACUCAUUGUUGAGGAAGAAAAAAACAAGCCAAAGCCUCCUCAGGAACCCACUGUGACUAAAACACCACGCCUGGAAGCCUCACCCAUGCUGGCACGACGAGUGGUCCCAGCUGACAACUCCUGCCUCUUCACCAGUGUGUAUUAUGUGGUUGAAGGUGGUGUAUAUGACCCCGCUUGUGCUCCUGAAAUGCGAGGCCUCAUCGCCCAGAUUGUGUCAAGUGACCCCACUGCUUACUCUGAAGCGGUGCUGGGAAAGACCAAUGAGGAGUAUUGCACUUGGAUAAGGCGUGACGACACCUGGGGGGGAGCCAUCGAGGUGUCCAUCCUGUCCAAGUUUUACCAGUGUGAGAUCUGUGUGGUGGACACUCAGACAGUCCGAGUGGAUCGAUUUGGGGAGGAUGCCGGCUACCACAAACGUGUCCUGCUCAUCUACGACGGCAUCCACUACGACCCACUGCAGAAAGAGACUCCCGGCUCCGACGCUCCGCCCCAGACUAUCUUCUCCACCACGGACGACGUGAUCCUGGCCCAGGCCCUCGAGCUGGCAGACGAGGCUCGCCGCAAGCGGCAGUUCACGGACGUUAACCGCUUUGCGUUGCGCUGCAUGGUGUGCCAGACAGGCCUGGUGGGACAAAAGGAAGCUCGUGAGCAUGCCAAGGAAACAGGCCACACUAAUUUCGGCGAAGUGUGAACACUGUUUUGUCUUUUCUCCCUCUCACAAAUACAACCACCACCAACCCUGUGUCUGGCAACUCUGUUGGUCUAUCUGUCAAUCUGCUUGUGUGAUCCUCUACCUCACAUUGUCCAGCGACAUCUAUGGAGAAUCUGCAGACGCUGUGUUCAGCCUCUAACCUGUUCAGUAUUACUUUUUAACUGCUGUCAGUUCUCAAAGUCAGAAACACUGCUGCAGUGCUCCGAUGUCCUAAAACCAUCAUUUUAGUCUAUUAGGGAUGGUUUCAAAUCUGUCUAACUGGGUAAAGUAAAAUAUGCAAACAAUUCUUGGGAUUUGCUUUAAUCUCUUUUGAUUACUCAGAUGACUGGGUUUUAUUGCUAAAAUAGCAACUGAUGUGCGGUCAAUUAGAAAAUGCAACAAAUUGCCAAUACUUGCCUGUGACUUAUUAAAACUGUAUGUGAUAAAACCCCGCUAUCUGGCUCUAAAAAGAGUUUGAAACAACCACUGAGAAUUAUUUGCACUAUGGCGUGAUGCUAUUCACUGUUGUCUUAAGCGCAGCACACAAAGUAUGACUGUUAUUCAUCAUGUUGGUUAUGUAGCACGUUUUUUUUUUUAUUUCUCUUGUUGACAGAUGUUAUAAAAUCUUCCAAUGCUAAAAACUGCUAAUUUGGUUGGAUGUAGAUGUCUGAAUUGUUGAGCACAGUUGCACUGUGUUAAUGCUAAGCUGGAUUCAUCUUUAUACAAAUGUGACAUGUUUUUGAAUUUACUGAGCUAUUGCGAUUGAGGUUAUGCAUUUUGAAAUACAAUAUCAUGGUACAAAUUGUGUUUCAAAAUUACACUUAUUACUUAUGUGGGACUUUUUUUUGUCUUUUUUCUAUGUUACUAACUUUUUUUUUUGAGGUUGCAACAUGGUUGAUCAGUGAUCGUAUUUUAGAUUAGAUUAAAAAUAUAUAAUGGUGCUGAAAACACAACAUUUCACAAACUCUGUAGCUCUUUGUUUGUCUUCAUGGGUAUGACAGUUUUUCAGGAGUGUAAUUUUUAAUUCUGGUGUGUAAUUUUCAAAUGUCAUGCUGUAAUCUUUUUAAAAAUACAUUUUUUGUGUUUUGUAUUGCUGCAUAUUUUGAAAAACACUAUUAAGCAUGAUGAGUUGUUUGAGCCUUGUAUUUCGGUACACAAAUCCUGGUGAGAGGGGAGUGUAGUGAAUAGAAAUCUGAGAGGAGUGAGUGCAAAGAUACACUGUAUGAGAUCCUGCACACUUAAUGAAUUUACUGUUCAGGUACAGUCCAUAUGUUAAGCUAAUCAGUAUUAACCUUGGCAUUCUUAAUUUUUCAGCUUACAUUUGCAGCCAAAAAGUAUCUCUAGACAGGGUGUUUGAAAACUGUAAGUAAACAUUCAUUUUGAUUUAACACUUAGUGCAUGAUGUCCAAAAAAAAAACGCCAUUCUGUUUUGCUGUAUGUUUCACACAACUGGAGCAAGUUCUCACAUUUCCAGCUAAAGUCAGGCAUCAUCUCUUUGCUAAUUCCUUUAAUUCACACUGCCUAUAAGAUUAAAGCAUGCACUUGUUUAUUUUAAGCCACAGCUCAAAAAUGUUAAGUUGGAGGAGGCCUGAAGAUAGUUGAAAUAUUUUUCUCCUUAAACUCAGUUGAUGGUGUUGUGGAGAACCAGGAGUUCUGCUUCACAUAUCUAGUGGCAAUAUUGUUUCGAAGUUGUUGCGAAAAAAAACAAAAGUUUGACAGUGGAGAACUUGAUUUGGGCUUUCUUUCAGAUUUUUUUUGUGUUCAGAUUCAGAGGUGGUGUUAAACAAACUGCAAAGCUCAAAUGUCAAAUCAUUUCUUUGUUUGGAUGUGAAUUAUUAGGAUCUUUUUUCCUCAUCUAUUACCUUUUAGGUAGUUUAUUUUAACAGUGAUUAUGAAUUAGUCAGCUUGCAUUAAGUGAAACUAUGAAAUGGCUUUGUAUUUGUAUUUACUAAGUUCUCAUGACUCUUCAAGGACAAUAACAAUGAAUGUUGCACACAAAGCACUACAGAAUAACUGGAUUUACUUGAUUUUUUUCAGUGUUGUGUCAAUUAAAAGUUAUAGCAACAG